AUGUCUAAUACCUCUGGUGUGAUUACGGCUCUUCCGGCGCCUGAGGGGUAUGUUGUCGACUUUGAGAACCCGCAGAGGCGGGACGUAGUCGAAACGUAUGUGGUCGUUGGUAUCGGCAUGUUUCUAGCGCUUCUAUUCCUACUUCAGCGUUUGUAUGUCAAGGUGGUCAUUCGCAAGAAGUUUGGACUUGAUGAUGUGCUGCUUCUUUUUGGAUGGGUUUUCACGGUCGCCAUCCAGGCAUUGAUGAUAAAGGCUGCCCUGGAAGGAUAUGUUGGGGUUCAUGGCUGGGAGAUUCCAAUUGAGAAGUUCAAAGACUUCACUUUCUGGAACAGCUACAUCAAUCCGAUUGUUUACGCGAUCCCACCAGGAGCCUGCAAGAUGGUCAUCCUGUUGUUCUUCCUCGAGCUCAACAACAACGCCAAAUGGUUCAAAUGGUCUGUCUACAUCACGAUGUUCGUGGUAGUGGGUUCCAGCUUGAGCAUUCUCUUCAGCUCCAUCUUCCCCUGCAAACCGAUCCCAUCCGCAUACGACCUCGUCACCGACGGCGAAUGCAUCGAUCGAGUCGCGACGUUCAAGGCAACUGCGGCGUUCGGAGUCAUAACAGAUGUCAUGAUCAUCUGCAUCCCGAUACCGAUGGUCUUGUCUCUGCACAUCUCAACACGGAAGAAAGUUGGACUGCUGGCCUUAUUCGGCAUUGGUUCGGUGACUGUCAUCACCUCUGUGGUCCGCUUGUACCUUUUGAUCACCAUUCUGGCCGACGCCGAUCAGACGUGGGGUGGAAUCUUCAUCAACAUUUGGGUAAGCAUCGAAGCGAACCUGCUUGUUAUGUGCGCAUGUCUUUCCACGCUUCGCCUCUUCUUCCACACCGUUUCUCCAAAGCUUUUCUCCUCCGGGGCAGGCACAACUGGGAAAUCUGGCGGAGUGUCGGGCAAUGGUUUGCGUACCAUAGGGGGCACUGGGGGAGGGAUUUCAGCUGGUCAUCGUUCUCAGUAUAACCGCUUUGACACCAGUCGCGAUGAACCGGAGUAUGACAUGGACACUUUCCACGUACAGAUCAAGGGGGGGCCUCGCGAGCGAGAUGUGGAACGCGCCCAAAUGAAGGAUUCAGGCGGCACAUGGAAUGACCCGGACAGUAGUAGCGAGAGGGCUAUCGUACAAACCACUGAGACGCACAUCUACAUCUCAAAAGCAUAG